AUGCCUACAUACUGUUUGUUUAUGAUGAUUAAUAUCCUAACCUGGAAUAUUAGAGGCGCUGCCGCGAAGGGGGUUCCUCUAUUGAUCAAGGACUUGGCUAUAAGGCAUCAUAUCAGUUGUAUGGCACUUUUUGAGACCCGUGUUAGUGGGUCUAGGGCGACUAAUAUUGUCUCCUCUUUAGGUUUUGAUAGCUCUUUUGUUGUGGAUGCUGAGGGCUUUGCGGGUGGUAUAUGGGUUUUGUGGAAGUCUCAUGAAGUCCAACUGCAGGUCCUCCAGGCUCACAGACAGUUUGUACAUGCUCAAUUGACAUGUGGAGUUUCCACCAGCCCGUUUUUAGUGACAUUUGUGUAUGGUAGUCCACAGGUGGCCACCAGGAAUUUAUUGUGGACCUCGCUGGAGGACCUUGGUGCCAAUGCCAAUUUUCCUUGGAUGGUGAUAGGUGACUUUAAUGCUAUUUUGGGAGCUGAUGAGAAAUAUGGUGGCGCCGCUGCAAAUUUCCCUUCCAUGCGGAGAUUUCGUCUGUGCAUGGAUCGUUGUCAGUUGUCUGAUAUGGGCUUUAAGGGCCCACCCUUUACUUGGGAAUGGCGUGGAGUGAAGGAAAGGCUCGACAGAGGCAUUUGCAAUCUUGACUGGCUGGAAGCCUACCCAGAUUCUUCCAUUCUUCAUCUUCCCCAAUUGAAGUCAGAUCACAAACCUCUUCUUCUUAGGAGCUCCAUUCAGGAGGGACAUCAUGUGUUGGAACGCCCCUUCAGGUUUAUGUCGUGCUGGCUGACGGAUAAUCGAUUCCCUCAUGUGGUUAGUCAUGCUUGGCGUAAUAACUCUGAUUGGGCUUCUGCUUCCGAGUGUUUCAAGAGGGAUGUGACUGAGUGGAACUCUCAGGUCUUUGGGGAUGUGUUUCGCCGAAAGAGUCGUCUAAUGAAGAGGUUAGAAGGGAUUAAUACUAAACUGAGGAUGCAGCAUAACCCUUUUCUCCAUAACCUUCAACGUAAGCUUUGGCAGCAAUAUAAUCGUGUACUUGUUCAGGAGGAGAUGAUAUGGCACCAAAAAUCUCGAUGCAUGCGGGUUAAACAUGGGGAUAGGAACACAAGGUUCUUCCAUGCCUAUACCAAGACCCGUAGGAAACGUAAUCGGAUUGAGGCACUCACCACGGCGGAGGGGGCCCUAGUUACGGACUUAGACGCUCUUCGUUCAAUGACAGUGGCGUUCUAUGACUCUUUGUAUACGUCCCCAGGCCCGCUUAGAACACUACCGGCCGCUCGGGGUUUUAACCCGCUUGGGUGGGGUGAGUUGGAGGAGAUCCAGGCUCCUUUCACAGCGGAGGAGAUCAAGCAGGCUGUGUUCAGCAUGGGCCCUCUCAAGGCUCCUGGGCCGGAUGGCCUUCAACCCAUCUUCUUUCAGAAGCAUUGGGAGGUUGUGGGGGAAUCAGUUGUUAAAUUAAUCCAGGGUUGUUAUCUUGACCAUGCCAAGGUGCAGGAGAUUAAUGAGACCUUGCUUGUACUCAUACCGAAGGUGGAUAAACCGGAUAACUUGAAGCAAUACCGGCCGAUCAGCCUCUGUAAUGUGGUUUACAAGAUUAUGACUAAAGUGCUUGCUAAUAGGCUGAAACCUGUUUUGCAUUCCUUAGUUUCUCCUAAUCAGUGCAGUUUUGUUCCGGGACGACAUAGCUCAGAUAAUAUUGUAAUUGCACAGGAAGUUUUUCAUUCCAUGCGGAAUUUGAAGCGGAAGCAAGGUUGGGUGGCGCUUAAAAUUGAUCUUGAAAAAGCUUAUGACAGGAUCAGCUGGGAUUUCUUGAAGGAUACCUUGAUGGCAGUGGGUUUUAACCAUGACUUUUGUGACUUGGUCCAUAACUGUGUUAGUCUCUGUUCGUUUCAGGUCUUGUUUAAUGGGUCAAAGACUACCCCGUUUACUCCUUCUCGCGGGAUCCGUCAGGGGGAUCCAAUUUCUCCUUACUUAUUUGUGCUUUGUAUGGAGCGCUUGGCUCAUCUUAUUCAGGCGGAGGUGGAGAACGGUGCGUGGAAGCCUGUGGCCCUAUCCCGUGGUGGUCCACAAAUCUCUCACCUCUUCUUUGCGGAUGACCUGCUUCUGUUUGGGGAGGCUACUUUUGAGCAGAUUGAUGUCAUGAGAUCCUGUUUGGAACGCUUUUGCGAAGCCUCGGGCCAGAACAUUAGUUUGGAGAAGUCACGGAUGUUGGUUUCCCGUAAUAUCAGCAGGGUGCGGGCUAAUCAGCUGAGUAGUGCAGCCCAGAUCUCUCUUACUUCUGAUUUGGGUAAAUAUCUGGGUGUGCCACUUCUUCAUCGCCGGUCUAACAAAGACACCUAUGACUUCCUCCUGCGAAAUUCCCAGCAGCGGUUAGCAUCGUGGAAAGCAUCUUCCUUGAGCCUGGCAGGUCGGGUAACGCUGACUCAAUCAGUCGUGGCAGCUCUCCCAACUUACUGUAUGCAGACCAUGCUCCUGCCAAAGUAUGUGUGUGAUCGGCUUGAAAGAGAUCAGAAGCGUUUCAUCUGGGGCGCGGAUGCGGGUGGUCGCAGCUAUAGCCAUGUCUCUUGGAAUCGGGUGUGCUCUCCAAAGUCAGUGGGGGGCCUUGGUCUUAGACGUCUUCAUGAGUUUAACCAGGCUUUGUUUAUGAAGAUUAAUUGGGGUCUGAUUACAGCGCCAAACGCCCUAUGGGUUCGGGUUUUGAAGCACAAGUAUGGUUGUGGGGAAGGGGUUAUGCCUUGGGUUACUCGUAGAAGCCCUGAGUCCUCCAUUUGGCAUGGUGUCCGCAACACCUGGACAGAGUUUAAUCGUGGAAUUCGAUGGCAGAUUGGGAGUGGCCAAGCGACUCGCGUUUGGACUGAUCGGUGGCUUGUUUCCGGUAUCUCCCUAGAGGAAGUAGCUCUCGAACCCGUACCACCUUUAAUGCUUGACUGUGUAAUUGCUGACUUAUACCACGGUACUGGUUUGUGUGACUUGGAGAGGAUCAGGGAGUUGGUGCCCGAUGUGAUCUUUCAGGAGGUUAUGUUGGCUCUUCCAACUCACCUUUCCGAGGAACCUGAUCGGCCCAUUUGGGGUCGCACCAGCAAUGGAGUCUUCACCACGAGUUCUGCUUAUGAGCUUUUGACAGAAGAUAUGGAACAUGCUGCAGCUGAUCCCUUAUGGAGGUUGAUUUGGAGGUGGAAGGGAGCACCACGGUUUCGGUUCUUUCUUUGGAAGGUCGUUAAUGGCGGGUUAAUGGUGAAUGCCAAGCGGGUUGCCAAUCACUUGACGGAGGAUGAUAUCUGCCCAGUUUGUGGCACCUUUUCUGAGACAGUUCUUCAUGCUUUGAGAGACUGUUCGUUUGCGAGAUCGUGCUGGAACGCAUCCCUCCCUGGUACCCUGGAUAGCUCGUUUUUCUCUUUGGAGAUAGAGGAGUGGCUGCGGUGGAAUAUGGGAGGUGGCCCUGUUCAUAGUGAUUCCAACACAUGGACCCAGAGAUUUGUGAUUAGUCUCUCUUGUUUGUGGCGCAUGCGGAAUGAGGUUGUGUUCAACCAUACUCCUUGGGAUUUCAGCCAGGUGAUUGCGUGGAUUAACUCCUGCAUCCACGACGAGCGUGCUGCAGCAUCCUUUGAUGGUUUUACUGGUCCUCAGAGUGAAACGAGUACAGUUUGGCUUUUUCCAUCGAUUGGGUGGGUGAAAUAUAACGUCGAUGGCUCGGUUUGGGAUACUGGAGAGGCUGCAUGUGGUGGUGUUCUCAGGAACAGUUCUGGUCACUGGGUACAAGGUUUCUGUAGACGGCUGGGAACGUCGAACCCUUUGAUGGCUGAGCUUUGGGCCAUCCGAUCAGCUGUUGAAGCCAUGCCGUGGCCAACAUAUCCACGCGUGAUUGUUGAAAGCGACUCGGCUGAGGCGGUUGAAGCGAUCACGGCGUCGAACACUUUCGCAGAACCGUUCUCAGGAAUGGUGCGGGCAAUUCGGCGUGCGAUCCCUAGAGGUGUCGAGGUUAAGUUCCGGUAUGCUCCAAGGGAAGCGAAUCUUGUGGCGGAUAGCCUUGCUAAGGCAGCCCAUGUCUUUGGUUUUGGGAUUCACUUGUUGCAAACUCCUUUGGCAGAAUGUCGCCACUUUCUGUGCCAGGAUAUGGGUGAAGCGUUGGCUUCUCUCCGUGUUCCUGUUUCUUAG